UUAGAAAAACCUGAACAACAAGCCUUUGUCAAGUUCUUCCGAUCACUAGAUACUCCUGAAGAAGGGACCAUACGUUUAUUUGAAAGAGAAGGCAAUGGAUCAUUUUAUUAUACUUUUCAUGGAGAUGAUGCUGAAUAUGUAGCAAAAAAUGUAUACCAAACGUCGACUGUCAUUCAACGUUGGUUUGGCGAUUUACCAACGACAAAACUAUCGCAAAAAGCAGCAGAAAACUUUUUGCGAGAUAUUUUACUCAACAAACAAAUGAGGAUUGAAAUUUGGAAACAAAGCAGAUUAGAAUGGCAGUUGAUCCGUAAAGCGUCACCUGGUAACUUGCAAGAUGUAGAAGACUUUCUGUUCUCAAAUCAACAGAUGACAUCUGCGCCCGUCGUCCUUGCUGUUAAAAUUGGAAUUUCAGGGGAUAACAAGACAGUUGGUUCCUUGAUCAUUCAGUUAGGUGUCAAGGAAUGUUUAUUACUUGCUACAACAAUGGAGGAGAAAAAUUACGAGACAAAAAAGAUCAAGAGCAUUUUGGAUAGAUGUAAUGUGAUACUUACAGAAAGGAAACCUAGCGAUUUUAAUGCACAGAAUAUUGCUCAAGAUUUGAAUCGUUUGGUGGAAGGCAAAAUAUCUCUUCAAGCACUACACAAUGAGAACAAUUUUGACAAAUUUACUUUGAAGCAUCACGAUUUAUCAGAAUAUAUGCGUUUGGAUGGCCCUGCGUUAACAGCAUUAGACUUGUUUCCAACACCACAGGAUGGUCCGCACAAAUCCACCAGUCUUUAUGGGUUAUUGAAUAAAUGUCAUACAGCUCAAGGAAGCCGAUUAUUUACACAAUGGCUGAAACAGCCUUUGUUGAAUUUAAAUGAUAUAAAAUUAAGACAAUCUUUACAAGAAGAUCAUUUGAAACAAGUGCCUGAUUUACACCGACUGAGCAAAAAGUUUCUGAAAAAGAAAGCUACUCUACAAGACGUGAUACGUAUUUAUCAAGUGGUGAUACGUUUGCCUGCAUUACUUCAAUGCUUAGAAGCCAGAAUACCAUCUGAUCCAGAAUUAGCAACACUUUUAGAAGAGACGUAUACCAAAAAAAUUCGAGAGUAUAUAGCUCAGUUACAAAAGUUGGAAGAAUUGGUGGUAACGACAAUUGAUUUGGAAGCCUUAGAGAAUCAUGAGUAUAUCAUUAAAGCCGAGUUUAAUGAGGAUUUACAAAAUAUACGUGAGGAACUGCGAUCCAUCAAUGGUCAAAUGGAAAAUGAAUUCGUCAACACUGCAGAAAAGUUACGGUUGGAAAUAGAAAAGAAACUGCGAUUAGAAAACCAUAGUCUUUAUGGUUAUUGCUUACGUAUGAUUGGACGUAAUGAAGCAAGUGGCAAAAUUCGAAACAAAAAUGAUUACAUCGAACUAUCAACACAAAAGUCGGGCACUUUCUUUACGACACGUGCUUUGAAGCAAUUGAGCGAUUCGCAUAGAAAGCUAACAGAGGAAUACGAGCAGACGCAGAGAGGAUUAGUGAAAGAAGUGAUCGAUAUUGUCGCUACAUAUUGCCCUUCGUUAGAGUCGCUUGGUAUGACACUGGCUCAUAUGGAUGUCUUGGUGGCCUUUGCUCACGUCUCUGUCAUGGCACCUAUACCCUAUGUACGUCCUACGAUGCAUCCUUGUGGUCAAGGUAGCGUGGUGCUGGAAGAAGCGCGUCAUCCUUGCUUGGAAGUACAAGAUUAUGUCAACUUUAUACCGAACGAUGUGGAUAUGACACGCAACAGCUCAGAAUUCCUUGUCAUCACUGGACCCAACAUGGGCGGUAAAUCAACUUAUAUUCGACAAGUGGGAGUGAUUGCGCUCAUGGCGCAAAUGGGCUGUUUUGUCCCUUGUACCAAGGCCAGCCUCUGUGUCUUUGAUUCGAUCUUGGCUCGUGUAGGCGCAGGUGAUUUUCAACUGAAGGGCGUAUCUACUUUUAUGGCAGAAAUGUUGGAAACAUCCACUAUUUUGCGAGCAGCGACACGUCAUUCGUUGGUGAUUAUCGACGAACUGGGCCGAGGUACGAGUACGUAUGAUGGUCUUGGUUUAGCCUGGUCUAUUUCAGAGUAUAUUGCUACCAAUAUCCGCUGUUUUUGUCUGUUUGCUACUCAUUUUCAUGAAAUUACCGCUUUGAACAACACCAUUCCUUAUGUCAAGAAUUUACAUGUAACAGCACACGUUGAUAAACAAGAUGUCACUUUAUUGUACAAGGUACAUGAAGGUGUAGGUGAUCGUAGUUUUGGUAUUCAUGUAGCAGAAUUAGCUGAUUUUCCUUCAGCUGUUGUGAAAGUCGCAAAGCGUAAAGCUAAAGAAUUGGAUGAGGAAGAAGAUGUGUUACGCGGUGUUAAGAAACGUCAAGAACAAGAUGAAGAUUCCCAAAAGAAGGCUGAAGAAGGAGAUGAUGAAGGAGAUGAAGAUAAAGCUAGCAAUGAGGCUAAUGUGUUACGUGUUUUGGAUAAAUACGCCACAGAUAUAGAACAGAAUCCGUAUUUGAAGGAAUUGCUAACAAAUUUCUUCAAUGAAGAAGAGGAAGGCGAAGAUCAGAGCGUAACAGCAAUGGAAUAUUAG